AUAUCAUCUUCCUUCCUUGAUUGAUCACUAUAAAAGUCCUCACUUAAUUAGAUGUUUCCAUCCCAGCAAAGCUAAAGAUAUAUUUUCGGUCUCUUGGAACUCAUAUAACUAAAAUGGGUUUUAAGGGCUUCAAUAACUUGGCUAUCUUUCUCUUAAUGCUUAUUCUUCUGACUUUGGUUAGUAGUGGUGCAUCUGAACUUGAACAAUGUCGAAAGUCAAAGUCAAACGAUAAGCAUAACUCCAAAUGCUCUCCUCCUCCUCCUAAACCUAAAUCUCCCCCGCCACCUCCUAAACCUAAAUGUCACUCACCACCUCCUCCGCCAUCUCCACCACCGCCUCCUCCGCCGUCUCCGCCACCACCUCCUCCGUCACCCCCUCCGCCGCCACCGCCUCCACCACCUCAACCAAGCUGUCCAGUGGCAACAAGCGCACUAAACCAAAGCUUUGGAGGAUGCAGUCUUUUCUUUGAUGGUAAUGACUACGAUUUACCCACGGCAAUAUGCUGCUACAAUAUUCUUAAACUUUCUGUCCCUGAAGCUGCCCUUUGUCUUUGCGAAGCCGUCCAAUUAAAUUACUUUGACAUUCAAGGCAUAGAAAUUAAUCGUGCCAUUAGGGCCGCUUUUGAUUUUUGCGGCAUUAAACUUCCACAAAAUUACGUAGCGCCAUGUGGGCAGGCAGCAUGAAACUGUAGUUUCUUUGAAGACAGGCUUUCCUUCUGUGUUUUGGGUCAUUUUGGGAAGUCAUUUUCCAAAACCACACAAAACCCUUUUGUAAGGAAAUAAUCCAACCUUCUAUAAAUUAUUAUACGUGCACCCGUGGCUUCUCCAGCCACUUGAUGUGGGUUUUUUUUUUCUUUUUCUUUUUCCUGCAUUUGGUUAAUUGAUCAAAUAAUUGUUGUAGUGGAUUCUGUUUACUACCAUAUCCAUAUUGUUUUUCACUUUGAUUUGAAGGCAAA